UCAGCCGCACUGCCAAGCGCUCGAUCAACGUCUAGAUUCUUUGCUUCAUGCACCCUUCGUGCGACACUGAUCUCAACAUACACCUGAUAACUGAACAUGUGCGGACUCCAUCUUGAAUGAGGCUCCAGGAUGUCUGUGAUAAGCACACCGUUUGCCACAUCUACCGAACAACUUACAAGCUUCUUCGACGCUUCCCCGCCUCGUGAAGUGUUCGAGGACGUUGACAUCGACUAUGUGGCUCGUUUGCUUCGACACUGCAACCACAUUGCGCAAAGAUGUCCUAGAACUUACAUCGUUCUCCGGACAGUCGGUGAACUAGAUCACUUGGAACGAUUGAUCAACGAGCGUUUCAGCGAUGGUUGGUUCCCAGUCGACGUGCUCCGCCUCCCGAGUUUCCUGGAUCCUCGGGUCAAAAACAAGAUUGUACAGGGCCAACAUAUCAUCUUGACCAAGUCACUCAACCUGGAGAAUGGCAAGCACAGCCAUUUCGAUUCUCAAGAGACUCUACCAUUUGAGGAAUUGGGCCGUAUUGGCAGCGGGACAGGUGGUCAGGUGGAUAGAAUUGAGAGCAAAAUUAGCUUCAAGCAAUAUGCUCUCAAGAGGAUAUCACGACGGGUCAGAUACGGUCCCACCAAGUCAAGAGAAACGGUGGACCAGAUCCUCGUUGAGAUGAAAAUUCUGAAGAGCCUAAAUCACAAACACGUCGUCAAGUAUGUCGGAAGCUACACGAACAGCGUUCAUCUUGGUAUUGUCAUCUCGCCGUUGGCGGAUAUGGAUCUUUCUACAUAUAUGCAGCAAGCCUCUGCUACAACGCAACUACGUCCGACGCUACAGACGUUUUUCGGCUGUCUGGCUGCUUCAAUCAACUACCUACACGACAAGGAAGUAAAACAUAGAGAUAUAAAGCCACAGAAUAUCUUGAUCUACAAAAGCAAUGUCCUUAUCACCGACUUUGGCCUUUCUCGCGACUUCUUGGACACGACAUCUGGACGGACGUCUUCUACUCCACGCUACUGUCCACCCGAAGUUGCAGAUUGGAAAAAGCGGAACUGGUCCGCUGAUAUUUGGUCGAUGGGAUGUGUCUUCUUGGAAAUGGCGGCCGCACUCCAUGGACACGAUGUCAUGUGGGUUAGGACGUAUUACGAGGGUCAUCAUACACGCAAAACACAUUUCCACGCGAACUCCGAGGCAACAGAGCAACUGCUAUCUGAGUUCGAGGCGUCUUGGGACGAGAAAGAGAAGAUCUUAUUGACUUGGAUCCGAAGCAUGAUGGCAGAAGAUCGCGAAGCCAGACCUACAGCAGCACGAGUAAUCGAGUUGAUCACCUCCGUCGACGAGCCGGAUUGCAGUCCGACAACCUUCUGCGGCAUAUGUUGCGCCACCGAUGACUCUGCGGAUUCGUGAGUCACUGGUGACCGACGGAAUGGUUGAAUAUAUAGAGCUUGAGCCGUUGACGAAGGUCAAAGUACGAUAUCAUUUUCCAAGUAUGAUGCCCUUCGUCAAGGGUAGUAGCCAUAUGAUCUAUCGUUUUUCUUCCGGGGUUGGGUACGUUGUUCUCGGAGGGAUAUCAUAUGUAGGGCCAAUCAUAAAAGGCAGUGGCCAGUUGAUCUAUUUUUUCGCUUGCAAGCCCGGCAAUGUU